AUGGAUCAUAAUCUAGCCACCGCCGAGAAGAAUGUGUUGGAAGAAUUGGUGAAGCUAGUGCAGCUUCGAGGUCUACGAGGAGAACACGGAGGAUGGAUUGAUUUUUUAGCUGUUUGCAACCAAAAAGCUUCAACACCAUCUAACCUUUCCAUGGUUUCCCGUGACUUGUUGGUCGCUUUUCUCACAACCUUCAAGAAGAAAGAAGAUUUGAAGGCCCUGCAAUGUCGUGCUAAUAGUCUUCUAGUUGAAAAGUUGAAGCAGGAGACUCCUGAAAAUUACACUCCUGAGAAGAUGCUUAUUCGAUUGACCAUGAAGCAUCCAGAAUUCUCGUCAGACUAUUCUUUCCCCUCACUCUCCAAUGACUGGUUUGUAUCCGAUAUUGGAAUGAAGUCGUCGACUGUGAUGAAAUCAACUGACAUGAUAGCUGUUGAUUGUGAGAUGGUUCUUUGUGAUGAUGGGACUGAGGGUUUGGUCAGAGUCGGCGCUGUCGACCGUCAUUUAAAGGUGAUUCUUGACAAAUAUGUGAAACCGGGCAAACCUAUUGUUGACUAUAGGACAGCCAUUACCGGAGUAACUUCACUAGACAUCGAAAAUGCUACUCUAUCUGUGGCAGAUAUUCAGAGAGAACUUCAGCAAUAUCUUUCUGAUGGUUCUAUUUUGGUUGGUCACAGUCUGAAUAAAGACAUGAGAGUGUUGAAGAUAGAUCAUCCUAAAGUAAUUGAUACAGCACUUGUGUUCAAAUUUUCAAAUGCAAGAAAUUCAAGAAAACCUUCACUUAAUGACCUUCACAAGGCGAUUUGUGGUAAGGAAGUCCGAAAGGAAGGUGUUUCUCAUGAUUGUGUACACGACGCUGCAGCUUCAAUGAAUAUUGCACUUGCUUUUAUAAAGAAACCAUUUGACACAACAGUUACCCCAUCAAAGGAGAUGCUGGAGGCCGAGAAAUCAAGACUCUUUAUUCAUAGAAUCCCUUCCUAUGUGCCAUCUGAAAAACUGAACAUUGUUCUCGCUGGAGAAUUUCAUUCCACAAAGUUUAAACUUGAUGUUAAGCCAGGAAAAACACAAGGAGGUAACUACUGUGCAGUUGUUGUUUUCGAUAGUACCAAAGAAGCUGAUCAAGCUUUCGAAAACGUUAAUGGAUACAAAGAGAGGGAUUCAUUUGGUCUGCCACAAAAACUGUCCACCUUAAAGCUGAGUUCGGGAUUAAGUGCAAGUUGUUAUGUCCGCAAAAUGGUGUAAGAUGAUUGAUGCAACCUUGGAGUAUUUUACUAUAAUAAUUUAGGAAAACUGUUUUCUAUCUUUUCUUUUCGACGCUAUCUUUUAUCCUUUAUGUUUGGUAUCGUAGUAACUUCAAUAAGAUUUAUCUGUUUCUCGGUUACAUCAACAAUCUAUGGCAAAGCUAGU